UGUCCAUAGUAAAGCAUGGCUCUUGUUACAGGCAGAAUUUUAUGGAAAAAAAAAAAAAGUCAUGUUUUUAACAUGCAGAAGUUAAAGAAUUCAGAGUUGAGACUCACUGAGGCCAAGCAAAAAAUGAGAGAACUUGCACUUAACAUCAAAAUGAAAGAAGAACUUAUUAAGGAAUUAGUAAGAAUAGGUAAGGAUGCAGAGUAUGUAAGCAGGCAAUAUUCUUUGAAGAUAACUAAACCGGAGCAAGAAUCCGAGCAGGCCAAAAUGGAACUGGCCGAAACUCAAAAGCAGCUUCAGGAGCUGGAGAAUAAGAAGCUGAGAGAGCUUCCUGAGAAAGCCAAGCUACAAAAAGAGUUCCGAAAGAAGAUGGAUGCAGCUAAGCUGAAAGUGCAGGCCUUACAGAAGAAGAAGCAAGACACUAAGAAUCUGGCUUCUCUAUCUAACCAAAGUGAAAAACGAGCAAUAGAACUUGAGCAGAACGUGGCUCAGAUGAAGCAUCAGCAGACCCUGCUAGAGAAAAGACUGCGUGAGGAGAGUGAAAAAAAGAAGCAAGUAGAAGCAGAGCUUCAGCGGGACCAGCUACAAAUUAAAGAACUUCAGCUUAAGACGGAACAGCAACAGAAGAUUCUUAAACUUAAAGACAGUGAGAUUGCUGCAUUUAAAAAGAAGAAAAAUAAGUCGGUGGGAACUUUACAGAAAUCAGAGAAAUUAGAAGAGCAAAAGAAAUGGCUGGAUGAAGAAAUGGAAAGAAUUCUUCAACAGCACCAACAGUUAGCGGAACUAGAAGAAGAUUUAAAGAAAAGAGAAGCCAUUGUAGCUAAAAAAGAAGCAUUAUUGCAAGAGAAAAGCCACCUAGAAAUCAAGAAACUGAGAUCUAGCCAGGCUUUAAACAAAGAUAGUAUGAACUUGUCUACUUGCUUAAGUAUGCUGGACCAGGAAUUGUGUGAUAAAAGUAUGCAGCUUCAGGACAGCACUACUGAAGAUAAGACAGACAUUCUGGAAAAAAUUCAUGUUCUUCAGAAGGAAAGGGAUCAGCUACUCAGAAGAAGAAAUAGUGUGGAUGAGAAACUGAAAGAGGGUAACUGAAAAGUGUUGUCAGCUGAAGAAGAACAUGUCCUUUUGCAUCUGAAAGAAGGAAUUGAAGCCCUGGAGGCUGCUAUUGAUUACAAGAAUGAAAGUAUUCAGAGUCGCCAGUACUUGCUUAGAUCCUCUUCAAAGAUCCUUUCACAGAGUGAGGAUAAUGGAAUAGGAAAACUAGUUUCCUUGUCUGCUGAUGAGCUCAGAGCUAUCCUCUUCAAAUACUUUAACAAGAACAAGAUGGUGAAGGUAUUGCAGAAACCUUGAAAGAGUAUGAAGUAAAAGUCCAGCAACUGGAAAAAGACUUCUUUUAUUCUAGAGAAAACCAGCAGAGAGCUGAAGAAGAAAUUGAAGGGCUUUUUUGGAGAGUCACCCCAUCAACUAAUGGCACCUACUAAAU